CGUACACGCGCGACGCGCCUGUACCUGCGUCUGCCUUUCUUCAUCGCCGCUUUCUCAGGACCCUCUGGUACUUGGGAAACGUGUGCUUACUUUGCAUAACGUAUAAUCGUCGUGCGACUAUUCGGCCUGGGGGUGAAUUCAAAGUGCUCGUAAUCUCUCACGAACUUGCUUCGACUCGACCAGUCUUGUACCACCAUCUGUAGAUCUUUACCCAUGAGCUCACCCCUUCCGAGUUGGAAUGCGAUGCGCGAGCCAACAUCUUCCAGCGUCGCGGACGAGGAGGAAACAACUGGCGAGAGCAAUGCAAAUGACACGCCAGCUUCUACGUUGGUACCGACUUCACGCGUCGAUCGACCGCGUCAACAACCCCCGACGCGCCUUCAGCCUCGAGACCCCAACCGAAGCGCCGCCGUAACGCGCCCCACCCAUCGCGCCUCUCAGCCGACGCGCAUCAGUUCGGACGAGGAGGACGAAAUAACCACACCCUUGCCAAAGAGGAAGGGACGAGAGAGACCACCGAAGGAACGCGGAAGGAAGAGUGUGUCGGCACACGGUGGAGGCAGUGCGUCAGCACCUUCAGAAACUUUCCAGGAUCUAUUCGGUGGGCCUGCCCUCGCGCAGAAUGCAUCCGGUGCAGUGUCGUCGCGCGCCACUCAAACUCCUGCUUCCGGCGCCACCCAGCCUGCGCCUACAUCAAGCUGCGCACCGAGCACAUCCACUUCCGUUUCCUCGCGCACGCAACCCCUCAAAGAGUCCGUGGGAUGGUCUUCAGGCCGUUCGCAGACUGUGUUGAACGAUUCCUCACAAGGCCCUGUAAAAUCGGCGACCCUAAUGUCAAAGGCACCCGCAACUGCCCCAGACCUUAAGACGACGGACUCUUCGCGAAAACCUCUUUCACGUCCGCCACCGACGCCUUCAAAACGGCAGGUUCAGCAGGAAGUGAUAGACCUCGUAAGCUCAGAGGAUGAUGCGUCUGUACCUACUCCCGGGACAUCAACCAAUUCCGCUGCGACCGGCUCUGCUCCGCGAAAAAGUGCCCGAGAUAUACUACCGUCAGUCUCGCAGUCGGCGCCUACCACUCGGCCCUCUUCCUCUUUAAGUGGGCGUCAGGGACGCUCGUCAUCGCGACGCCACUUAACCCAGCUGCAGCCUCCCUCGACAUCGCAGCUUGAUCCAACGCAACCACCCUUCGCACCCCUUCCUGCUGCAUCGUCUGCUCAACCACUCGCUCAGGCUCCAAUCGCACCUCAGCCCUCGCAACGCGGUCGUCAUCGCCAAAUAAUCGAUAUCGACGACGCCGGGCGCGGAGUGAGCAGGAAGAAGGAACCUCCGCCAUCGGACAGGGAAGUGAUAUCCAUCAGCGACGAUGAUGAGAAGAAAGACGAAGAGAUUGUGAUCAUUGGAACGCGAAAUGCGCCAUUCAAGGGGGCAAAGCAACCUACUAGGGAUCGCGAUGUGAAGGGGAAAGGAAGAGCCAAACUCUCAUCAACUUCUGAUCCUCGCAAGCCGACCCCUAGGUCCAGUUCUGCCAAAUACAGGCGGACGACUCGAUCCAGCAAAUACGAGCCUGACAGCGAUAUUGAAAUCAUAGAUCCGCCUCCACCGACGUCGGCGAGCGGGAAGGUCGGGGCAAAGGGCAGGGAGACUGAGCGUCAACAUAAAGAGAAGUCGGUUGAAAGGAGCGCAAACGAUAGAGGUCCCGUUACGCGCGAUGGACGCACAUCUUCCCCGAGCCAACCACCCGAACAUCUGUUCCUGUCCGCCCCAUACGAGGACGAUCCGCCUUUCCUCCCGGAAGCAGAUAUCGAGGAGCUCCCGCCGCUCCCCGAGGACGACGAUGACGAACCGAUGGCCAUCGAUGCACCCAUGCCGAUUGACAACAAGCCUGAAGAAGUCGAGGACUCCAUGUCCGUUGACGAACUCGAGCCCUUACCCGUGCAAAGUGGAAUCGAAACAACAACCGACCAGAGGCCCGACACUGUAGUUGUGGAGGACGACUUCAUGUCAGUCGACCCGGCGAUACCUCGCGACGAUGCAUAUGUCAGAAUCGAGACAAAUCCCGCUCCUGCUUCUGAAUCAACGCCAUGCAACGACGUGUGCAAUCAGACACACCAGUCAGCUCCGCUGGAUAUCGACCAGCCACCUCAACAUGAUGAGGUAGAUCAACUAGUCGGUCAUACGCUCAGUUCGCCGCUGUCGUCGAGGCCUUUGCCUGACUCAAGUUCUGCCCGACAUGCGGCCUCUGUCAAUCGGCCUCAGAGCGCGAGUGCGACGUCUUCCAGCGCAACGAGUAAUGUUGCUGUCGAGGCGAAGACGUUAUCCGCCGUGACCCCCUGUGGCGCGCGCAACGCCAUGGUCUCGCGAAGGAGCGCAGCUGUUUUUUGCAAUGCACAGCUUUCGACCAAGGCUAAUGCGUCUCGCAAUGACACAUCACCUUCCACAAGCGGCGCUGGCCCUUCUUGUAGUGGCCGCAGCCCCUCGUCAGGUACUGUUUUGUCGACAGGCGACACUCAACCCUCCGCGUCUUCGGGUUCGGGAAGCAGCGCGCUCUCCCAUUCUACGCCCGUUUUCGAGUCGUACGACGACGAUGAGCUCUACGCUGACUCGGACAAGGAGGAAGUUAUCAGAACCGUAUCUGAUGGUGGCAAGGGGAAGGGGAGAGCGGAUCAGCAUAAGCUGGACAGAGGGAAGCUCGACGGUGAAAAGCGAGCGCCGGACACGGACGAACUCGCGACUCGGACGACUGCCCUAAGUAUUUCCCCGAGCGCAUCUCAUACCACGUCAACACCGGCCGAUGGUUCCACCGUCAGAAUUCGGCGACUCAGCAUCGCGAAAGACUCCGCCGCGGUUGCCCCUGUUUUCACGUCUGUGUGGCCCGCCAAGUCCGCCGUUGCUCCUGCGCACUCGUUCCCGAUGCGCGGAGCAUGGAUGUCUACAACAUGGAUGCAACCACAGCAGCAGCAACAGCCGACAGCCAUUACAGCUAUGAAGCCGUCUAACAAUGCGGCCGAAUCGAGCGGCAUGACCAUGGCGACGUCCUCUACUCUCGCGGCUGCAACACCAUCUGCACCCGGUUCGGUGACACUGCCGUUCGCCACAGAUACAUCUCCCUUCCAGUCUACGAACGACUCCGUGGAAUUGGUUGAGGAGCCCUCGUUCCCUCGCAAGCGCUCUCGCGUACCGUCGGCUAGCCCAUCCCGGCCAGCACCUGCUGAGCGCACUGGAGCCGCAGAAAAUUGUAUCAACGAGCCUCCUGUACGAUCCUCGCCGCCGGUAUCUCGCUCGCAACCAACGGUGCCUCCAAUGACUAGUCGAGUCGCUACGCCCUCUAAGUUCCCAGUGCUUCACAUCGACCUUCGCACGUUCCGACAAAAUAACCUCGGAAGCACGCCGCUCAAAAUUCUGUCUACACCGAGCAAGGUUGCGACGCGCGAGGCUGAGGAGACGGACAUUGACGGUGCGACGCAGAGAGUACCUACGCAUGGCAUAUCGCUGUUGCACGAUCGCAUGGACUCGUCGUCGCCGGUUCACAGGCCAUCUCCACCGCCAGUGGAAGACUGUCAGUCCAUCCUUAGCACCAGCCCAAGUGCAGAGCAGCAUCAGGGUCCUCAGGAGACAGUGAAUGCUCAGGAAGACCAGUCACUGACUACGGCUUCUCCCCUAGCAGGGCCAUCGGUGCCUAUCGCCCAACUUGCUGGCAUCGCUCAGUGUGCGCCCACAGCCGCCAAUGAUAGUGACGAGGAAUCCUUUCUCAUACCAUACUAUGGCAAACGCAAGCGAGCGUCGACGUCCUCGAAUAGCACUCCUGCGCCGGCCGAGAAGAGCGACGAAGACGCUGGCAGACGUGCGGAGAGCAAAGGCGAAGCGCGCGCCGUAGGGGCAGACAAUCAUACAGUGUCUGGCGACAAGGGGGAAUACAGCGAAGACGAUGGCAACGCAGAGUCCUCCGAUAACCAAUCCUCAAUACCCGAAAGUGAAAUACGACCCGCUUACCCGCGUUAUUCCAAGCCUGUAGCUCGGAAGUCCGCAGGGGGCCGCCUUCCACGCCUUCGCUUACCUCCGACUACAAUCGAUGCCUCCCCACAAGACACCAAUAGCGAUCUGUGUCCAUCGUCGUCUUCGGCCCCGCGAGCCGCGCCGCCUUUGCCAAGCCGCUGGAAUCGCGUACGACCCGUUGCGCGCAAGAGCACCGGCGGAAAACCUCUCGGCUCAUCGAGUGACAAUGCUUUUUCUUUGUCCAGUGACGCUCAUCCGCCGACCAUUCGAUAUCCAUCGUCGGUAACGAAUUCAGACAUUGGUCCUCGGUAUCAAGGCGAUUUGGUAGGCGCGAUCAACAACAAAUCUACUCCGAGCCCGAAGCCCCCGCCUCACAAGCGUCGGCGCUUGGAGGCUAAACAGGCCGCAACAGGGCAUGGCCCCUUAUUCCAACACAGAGCUGCUGUACCUGAAACUAUAUCGCUUGUGAGCAGUGAUGAAGAGGUGUCGACGUCUAAUUCCCCGCCUCGCGUGCAUAAUUCAGAUGACGGGGAUGCCGAGAGCGUCGCGAACAUGCUAGAAUCUACACCACCUACGACCGACACGGCUCCAGAUCCGACCGCAAGCGGAGGGAACGGCGUCAUGCAGACUGCGAGAAAGAUAGUGGGAGCUGCCUACAACGCCUUCAAGGAACCCUACAAUGCCGUGAAGGAGCAGGUUUUAGGUGUCGUCCACAACGGCCAGCGAUCCUCGGAAGGCGAAUCAUCACGGUCGCCCUCUUCUGAACCAAGUACUCAAUCGGUGGAUGAGCGUGCUCGACGCAACCGAAGCAAUCCCGUCCCCUUCGCGAGCGCAAGCUCAGAAAGUGAUUUUCAAGACUCAGCUGGUGACGAUUCCGAAGGACCCAGUACUCAGCGCCGAAAUCUUCGUCGUAGGCGCAAAGCAGUCAAUUACGCAGAAGUACCACCGUCAGUCGAUCAAGACUCCGAUGGAACUCAGAGCGUCCGUGUGCGGUCGCCUGAACGCUCUGACGACUCUGUUUCCCACAAACCACCACCUUUACCAUCCCGCAUGCGACGGGCCCAUAUAAUGACAUGGACCAAGCGUGUACAGGAGCUCCGCAAAGAACCGCCACCAUACUUCAAGUCAAAAAACAUACCGCAUCGCCUGGAGGACAGCGUUAACUACAUGUCCCUUCGAGAGAGGAAUCAGACGCACGCGAUGGGCCCCGUCUACUGGGCUCUCGCGUUCUCGCAUGCCAGCGUGUUCAACGAUGACGGCGUCCGUUUUAUGAUGGAGGAGUGUAUCAAGGAUGCCGAUCGUGAGGAGCGCCUUCCGGGCUCAGCUGGCCCUCUGCCACCGCCAAUGCGCAUCAUUAACGAGAUCGACGGCGAUGCAACGCCCCCUUGGGAAUUUCACUACUCGAACGUCAUGUGGCAUGGCAAGCACGUCCCCAAGCCCAAUCGCAAGGACCGGGUUGGCUGCGGUUGCAUCGGAGAUUGUAGCAGCAACCGCCAUUGCGCUUGCUUGAAGGAGCAACGUCGAUGGACGGAGACUUGGGGGCUCAAGGGUUUUGCUUACGACAAAGACAAGCGCCUCAUCGUAUUCGAGCAGCUGCCCGUCUUUGAAUGUAACGAGCUCUGCGGAUGCGAUGACAAUUGCCGCAAUCGCGUCGUUCAGCAUGGCCGACGAAUGCCAUUGGUCAUCAAGAAAACAAAGCACAAGGGAUGGGGUGUCUUCAACGGUGCGAAGAAGAUCAGAUCAGGCGAAUUCAUUGGCAUAUAUGCGGGCGAGCUGCUGGACGAAAGGGAGUCGCACAGACGCGGCCUAAAGUACAACAGGUUCGGCCGAACUUACCUUCUCGACCUUGACUUCUGGUGGUGUCGUCGUAAUGACCGGACGCAAGCGCCCCAGCCGAAGCCGGGUCCCCAUGCGAAGGAGGAAAGCCCAGCAGGCAAGGCGAAGAAGAAAGGACGCACACGAAAGCAGUCAUCGCAAGACCCCGAUGAGCAGCCGGAGGAAGAGCUCGUCGUGGAAGAAGACGAUGCCCCCGGCUGGGAGCCUUUAUACACCGUCGAUGCGUACCACGCCGGAAAUUUCACGCGCUUCUUCAACCACUCUUGCGACCCCAAUCUCAUCACGACGGGGGUAUACGUAAGCGAGGCAAACGUCGACAAGCCCCUCGUCUGCUUCUUCGCCUGUCGAGACAUCGCCCCCGAAGAAGAGCUUACAUUCAACUAUCGCGGCGCCGAUGACGAAGGACCCCAGGACGGGCCCGCGACCGUCCAUUCCGACGAGGUCUACGCGAAGUGCCUCUGCGGGGCGGCGAACUGCACUGGGACCAUGUUCAACUCACGGUGAUAACGUUGAGUUCGAGUGGUACGACGCUGCGCGACUGUAUAGGAAAGGUCGUGGAUUGGCUUCGUUAUUCGCAAGCAAUAUGCCAGGAUGACAUUCUCGAGAUUCCGUGUCGGGUCAUAACGAUCCUAAGAUACCCCUCGCAUCGUUGUUGAUAGCACAAGAGCGUAUAUGGCUGUUGAUGCUCUAGCGCCUGUCUGCUUUAAUUCAUCGGUGAAUUGCGAACACCCUUCGGAGCU